AUCUCUCUUGCACAGCUAGGGUUUUGCUGCGCCUUUAUUUAGCUCCGAGCAUCGCCUUCCUCCUCCGUUUUCUCUCUCACUCCCUGCCGCAAACCCUAGCAGGUAAGGUCGAAUUGGAAAGAGCCAAGGCGCGAGGAUGGUGGAGAAUACAAAAGGGAGGAAGGAAGAGGUGGUUACCAGGGAGUACACCAUCAACCUCCACAAGCGUCUCCAUGGAUGCACAUUCAAGAAGAAAGCUCCAAAGGCCAUAAAGGAGAUCCGGAAGUUCGCCCAGAAAGCCAUGGGAACCAAUGAUGUGAGAGUUGAUGUGAAGCUCAACAAGCAAAUAUGGAGCAGGGGGAUUCGAAGUGUGCCGAGGAGGAUCAGGGUUCGCAUUGCUCGCAAGAGGAAUGAGGACGAGGAUGCCAAGGAGGAGCUUUACUCUCUAGUCACCGUUGCUGAGAUCCCACCGGAAGGGGUGAAGGGAUUGGGCACCAAGAUCAUUGAAGACGAUGAUUGAGUUAUCUUUGUUUCCUAGCUUAGUAAAAUCUGCUUUAGUCUGGAUUAAAAGACUUAAUGAGAGUUUUGUUCAACAUUUUUGGGCGUUGUUAGAUUGGUUCGUGAAUCGUGAUCACAGUUGCAGAAAACCUUUCACCAUAUUGUUGUUGGUUUGUUGCUUCUCUCCGAGUGUUCUGAAACUUUAGUUCCGCCGUCCACAUCUUCCUCAUACUGUUCAGGACCCGAGGAUCCAUUGUUGUUUGCUUUCAAAUUUAUGUAGUUGGACGAAUUACUAUAUCA